AUGGCCAAAGCUGCGAAACCGCCUGUGGUGCAUGACACUGCCGAUUUGGUCCCUACGUCAGGCGACCCGCACCAGUACUAUGGCAUGGGAAAUUACCAGUACAUGCAUUAUGACACGGUUCGGGAGCCAACUUUCCCUCGCAAGCCAGAUGUUGCCAAGGGUGAGCUGGCAUCUGGCGCCACUGUCACGCGCACCGACGUCUGGCACGACCCGAAGGAGCCUGCCAUCGUCUCUGUCGCCAAGUUUUCGCCUGAGAAUUUCCGACCUGUGGGCUUUGCCGAGAACGCCCCCAUGCCCACCAGCACCGUUCCAGAGGGAGCAUUGGACUUCCGGGCCAACCGCCUUCCCAUUGGCCACGCCGACCGCCGGCCGUUCAUCUACUUCAUGACGGCGGCCAGUGCAGUGAUCGCUGCUUCCCUGAUCCGUGCGGUGGCCGGAAAGCUCAUCUUGACGCUUUGGCCUGCGAAGGACGUGUUCGCAGCAGGCAUCGUGGAGGUGGAUCUGCGGCCAGUUCAGGUGGGACAAAACUUCACCGUCAAGUGGCGUGAGAAGCCUGUCUUCAUCCGCAAGCGCACCGAAGACCAGAUCGCCUCCGCCAAGAAGGAUGACGUCAUCGCACCUUCUAUGCGCGAGCCGGCCACGGAUGCGGAGCGCUGCAAGAGGCCUGAGUGGCUGAUUUGCAUCGGUGUCUGCACGCACCUGGGUUGCAUCCCCCAGCCUGAUGCUGGGAACUAUGGUGGCUACUUCUGCCCCUGCCAUGGAUCUCACUAUGACUAUGCUGGUCGCAUUCGUCAGGGCCCCGCGCCCAAGAAUCUCGAAGUUCCUCCGCAUACCUUCCUGGAUGAGAACACCGUGAAGCUGGGUUGA